CCUCUCAUAAAGACGUAAUGGCGUUUUAUAUUUUCUUUAUUGGAGGUGUUUAUUAUUCUCAAACAGAUGUGACAGAGUUUUCAACAAGUUUUAAUAGCAUAACCAUAGACAGGAUUAUAACAACAGAUGAUUUUACUACAACAGGUGACAUAAGUUCAUCAGAUGAUUCCGAAGGAGGGGAGGAAUUUUCCACUACCCUCAGUACAGUAUAUUCUUUGAGCACAGAAAUUGAAAAUACCAAAAAGACGUCACCUGAUUGUCGAUUGCCGGGAGUAUUAUACAGAGGAACUAAAAACAUAACGCUAACAGGACGGGUGUGCCAGAGAUGGGCUGAGCAGAGUCCACAUGAACAUAAUUAUGAUGUCAUCAGUCUUGCACAAGAGAACUAUUGUCGGAACUUUGAUCGAGAGGAGCCGUGGUGCUUCACUACUGACCCGGAUGUACGCUGGGAGCUCUGUGGUGUAGAUGUUUGCGCGACUCCAUGUCUGAAUCAGUCUUUUUAUAGGAAUGACGUCAUUAAACAGUGCUACUCAGGCAAUACUCAGGUGGCAGCUGCAGACUGCGAAUUGAUUUCUACAUUUGGUCUUUGUCUAAAGAAACAAAUAGAAAUUUCCUCUGGCGUGAAGUGUCCUGAAGUAAAAUUGAGAUCAAUUCUUCUACAAAUGAAAAGCAAAAUAGAGAGGUCAUUAGGGAAGUCUAUAUCUAAUUGUGUUAAGUCCCCAUGUACUGAUCCUACUUACGCCGAUUCCCUCAGAUUGAUUAGAUAUGCGGAACCUUGCAUUCAAAUAUUUCCCGUUAUUGAUUUGACAUUGGACACACCAAUGGAUAGCCUCUGCCGAACUGCGGUAGGAAUAGCUCACUGUGUGUUAGCAACGGUAACUAAUGAAACGGACUCCACCUGUUUGACCAAAGACAAAAUCAACGUCGCCAACAAUUUUAUAAACCUGAUUCCCAAACAAUUUUCGACCAGGAUAAAUUUUUGCAUAAAGAAUAACUUCACUGAGUUUCUUUCACCAGAUGUAGAAAACACAGUUCAAGACUCAACGACGAAUGUAAAUCAGACUCUGCUUUUCUUGCUCGUCGGAUUUGGGGUUCUUCUCCUUUUUGUCGCCAUCUUGGUAAUCAGCUUAUUGAAAAUGAGAACAAUGUUAUUAAGGAAAAGAAGAAAAGACUUGAUGCGCCUUCCGAGCAUUCCAAAGACAGGGAGUCCUCAGUACGAAGCCACCUUUGUUGUAUCAGAUGCUCCGCACCUUGAUCCCGAUUAUGACGUCAUAGAAGAGAUGGACGAGGGUUAUGAAUGCUUACCCAAACCAAAAAUAGAGAGCACAACACAGACAUUUUCAGAACAAAGAAAUUUUAACACUGAAGAACCAUAUAUUGUACCUAACAAUGUAGAUGCAUCUUAUCUUGAGGCAUUGCAUGUUAGGAAAAAUAUCAUUGAUUACAUAAAUAUCCAUCCUUAUAUAGAUAUAGUGGAGUAUGCUGUGGAUAAUACCGUAGAUGACCAGUUUUUUCAAAGCAGGAAUGGAGAAAAUCUGAGAAAUUUAGAAACGCAAACAGCAUCGAGUAAUGAAAAAAAGUAGCUAACAAUUUUGAAAAAUCAAUGUUUAUUGAUUCAAUAGACCUUUUUCCACUAAAUAUGCUAAACUGUCAUCUUAAUAACAAAUUAUCAAUCGAUAAGUGAUUCAAUAAAAUAAUGGAAUCAAAUAUGUUAAGGUCAAGAUAAGUACAUGUAAAUGAGUUUAUACUGUCUUUUUGAUGCUAGAUCCAUUAUGACUUCAUAAUUAAUUUAAACCCACUUUUUCCUGUACUAUACAGCUUUUAAAGUAUUAUGUAGGAAAUAGAAUACUUUUAUGGUAUUCAAUUCGAAAUCAUGUCGAAAGUAAUUCCGGUAUCUAUAUUCAAUAUCAUUUUAAAGAAGAGGUCAAGGAUAUGUAAAUUACCGGGGUUUUUUUUAGAGAGACUGUAGGCAAUCUGGAUAUAUUUGUAUUGUUUGAUAUUGCAAAAAGUCCCAUAUCUAUAUCUAAUUUUCUUCAUUUUUCAUUAAAAAUGACAGUUUAAAA